UGCGUGCAGCGAGCGUGGGGAGCCCACGGCGAGUGUCUGUGGCUGUGCCAGGCUGCAGGACUUUCUCCAACUUUGGAGACACAGCUAUGAAAACCGUACCCCAAACAGUGUUCCUGGCUCCCUGCGGUCUUUUCUUGAUUCACUGUCUUGCUGUGGUGGAGGAGCACAUCCUCAGUCUGAGGAGUGAACAGAUAUCCUUGGGAGACAGAAUGGGCUUUAUUUUGACAUGGAACCCAUUCCAAGGUGAGAAACCUGGAAACGAGCCUGAAGAGGUGAGGCUGCAGAAUGCCAGCAAACAGAUUGUACAGAAUGCCAUCCUGCAGGCCGUGCGACAAGUCUCCCAGGAGAGUCGGCAGAGGGAAGAGAGGGACGGUGACAACCGGGGCAGCUUCCAGCUGGGCGUGGGGCAGUUAACCAAGAAGCAUGAAAAGAAGUAACAUGGUGUAUUUGGCUCUUGUCAUAUGCUUGUCUUUCAGCCUUUCUCUUAGUAUAGGAUGCGUCGCCAAAAUGUUGCCAGUAAAGCAAACCAAAAGUGCCAUUGGCACCUAGCGGCAGAAUGAAUUCAUACUAGCCCUGGCUGAGAAGCACUGUUUUGAAAAAGUGCAUUAGAUGAUUCUGUUUAUGUUAAUGCAGUGCCUCUGAAACAUUGUGGGGCCAAACUCGACAUUGUAUUGCAGAAGUAGUUUUGCAGCACAAUUUAUUUUUAAAAACAUAAUCCUGUCUAUUGAUUUCUGCCUUUUAUGCAUUCUUUCUGUGAAUUUAACCAAUAGUCCUUUUUUUGCUGUAAUAUUGAGUAAUUUCUGUUCAUUAUAGUUUUAAAAGACUUGCUGGAAAGGGGAAAGAUUGGAGUUUCAAUCUUCAAUAUGGAACUGAAGGUCAAAUUGAGCAAAGGCAAAUUCUAAGACUGAGUCCCUCAGGAUCUUAUGAAGAUAUAUAUAUAUAUAUUUUUAUAUAUAUAUAAAAUAAAAGGAGCAGGUAAACUUUUUAAGAUCUCAGUCUUUUGGUUUCAGUUGUUUGAGAGAUGGUGUUUUCUCUCUGUGCAGAAAUCCUUUGGAAAUAUUAUGGAUUUCUUUUCAUUUCAAAAUUAAAACAAGACAAUUA